GAAUGGACGACUCGACCAGCGCCAACAUGCUUUUCGUGCAGGCCACGGUACAGACACUUACUUCGCGGAGCUAGAAAGAUCUCUACCGAGCGUCGAUGAGCACUGCCUAAUAGCCUCAUUAGAUCUAUCUAAGGCAUACGACACCACAUGGCGGCAUGGUAUAAUGCGAACACUGAAAUCAUGGCGUAUACGUGGCCGAAUGAUUAAUAUGCUGCAAAGCUUCCUCUCAGAGCGGACAUUUCAGGUGUCUGUUGCCGGAUAUUUGUCUCGCGAACACCAGCUAGAGAAUGGAGUACCACAAGGGUCCGUGCUGUCCGUUACGCUAUUCCUUGUUGCUAUGCAGCCUAUUUUCCGAGCAGUUCCGAAUGGAGCCGAAAUACUUCUAUACGCCGAUGACAUCCUACUCAUAGUGCGUGGAACGAAAGCGAGUAAAGGUCUUCAUCGAAAACUGCAAGCUGCCGUCAAAGCGGUCGAUAGAUGGGCGAAGAGCGUGGGUUUCACCAUAUCAGCAACGAAGUCGUACAUAUUUUAUUGCAGCCCGAAUGCACGUCGAGAACCAGCGAAGGAGAUAACCAUCGAUCGUAUUCCCAUCCCAAAGACCAACCGACUGAGGAUUCUUGGUAUCACCAUGGAUCGGACAUUGACGUUCAAGCCCCAUUGCCAAAUAGUUAAAAAGUCAUGUGACACUCGUCUAAGGAUACUUCAGAUGGUCGGUGCUAAACUUCUGCGUGGAAACCGAACCACUCUCUUGCAAGUUGGCUCGGUGCUGAUAACGGCGAAGUUAACCUAUGGUAUCGGACUUAUAAGCCGAGGAGGACCAGACACUUUGCAGACCCUUGCCCCGGCAUACAACAAAAUGGUCCGGUACGCUUCUGGAGCAUUCGCAACCAGCCCGAUUAAUUCAGUGAUGGCUGAGGCAGGCACUCUACCUUUCGAGCUACUGGCAUUACAGUCUGCCGCACGGAUCGCCAUUCAAGUUGUGGCAAAACAAAGUAGCAACGCAACCCUUCCCCUGAUCCAACGAACGUCUAACCGUUUGACUGAAGUAACAGGAACACCACUCCCCGGUGUUGGCCAGACCGUAAGACAAGGUAAUCGUGCGUGGCAUACACGAACACCAUCGAUCGUGUGGGACGUUAAAAAAAGAGUCCGAGCCGGCGAUCCACCGGAAAGAGUCCACCCGGUCGUCCAACAAAUUCUCUCGACACGCUUCCAAGGAUCUACUGUCAUCUACACCGACGGAUCCAAAAUGAAUGACACGGUAGGAGCCGCAUUCCAUGCUAAUGGUCUGGCAGGUUCAUACAGUCUCCCAAAAGAUUGCAGCGUUUUUUCUGCGGAGGCAUACGCCAUAAAAAUGGCGGUAUCCAUUCCUAAUACGAGAAGAGAGUUAGCGAUUUUUACGGAUUCUGCGAGCUGCCUGCAAGCCUUGGAAUCUGGAAAGUCAAAACACCCGUGGAUUCAAGAGAUCGAAAAUAUAGUGAGAACCAAAUCUGCUAGAAACCAACCUACCAUCGAUACACCAAUACCAGGGGAGGAUGGGAUGAGAACAGUGAAACGAGCGAUAAGACAUCGAUGGGAUAUCCAGUGGCACAGAAGUAGAGAUGCAAAGCUACGUGAGGUUAAAUGCGACACGUACAGGUGGACAGACCUGAGUAACGCAGCUGAUCAACGGGCUUUAACAAGGCUUAGAAUCGGCCACACGCGUCUAACCCACACCUUUCUACUGAAGAACGAACCCGCACCAACCUGUGAAUGUUGUGGAGUUGUUAUGGACGUGCGGCAUUUAAUAUUGCACUGUAGAAAGUUCAAUGAAGAAAGAGCGAAUAACGACAUCAGCAUAACAAGUCUACAAGACGCUUUGGACAACUCUGAAGAAAAAACGACAAAACUGUUGAAUUUCCUGCGCGAAACAGGAUUAUUCAAGCAACUUUAGGCUAAACGAAAACAAUCUUGGAAAAUAAGAAUUGUAGUACGGUAGAUGAGGAGAUAGUUUUCAAACGCAUGAAGAGGAACAAUGAUUGUAUAAUGAAAUUAUAGUAUAUAAGAUGCGACACGAAUGCACCCUGGUGUCAAGUGUCGAAAAUAAACAAACAAAC